CUCCCAUUCAUUUAAAUAGAAGUGGUCCAUCUCUGCUAAGUCAUUUCUGACACCAACUUCCGCCGUGUGUUUAUAUUUGAAAAUUCUGCACACAUCUGCAGAUAUGUCCACACUCUUCCCGUCUCUGUUUCCCCGUGUUACCGAGUCGCUGUGGUUUAAUCUGGAUCGUCCGUGUGUGGAUGAAACCGAGCUACACCAGCAGGAGCAGCAGCACCAGACGUGGUUGCAGAAUAUCGCAGAGAAGGACAAUAACCUGAUGCCCAUCGGACGGCCCAUCUUUGAGACCUUCGAUGAGGAAGAGGAGGAAGAUGACGAAGAUGAGGAGGACAGUGAGGAAGACUCGGAGGACGACGAAGACAUGCAGGACAUGGACGACAUGAACAUCUAUAACGAGUUUCCUGACGAUGGAGAAAUCAAUGAGGUCGACAUGGAAGGAGCCGAGCAGGACCAGGACCAGUGGAUGAUCUAGACCUCAUCAACCCAUCAUCAAAAGUCUGUUUGUUGUUGUUGUUGUUGUUGUUGUUGUUGUCAGAAGCAUGAAGAUGGACUAGACAGUGUUUGACAGAGAAACAGCGGCCGCCGUUUGACUUCUGUGUGCUUGAAACCGUGUGCAACUGAAAUAAAUUGUAUAUGUGUCAUUGCAUUUUCAGGUCUGGCCAGGAGACACACACACACACACACACACACACACACACGCAUAUUCACAGACUACAGGACGAGUGUUAUGAAGCGUUAUGCAUCUUCGCACAUUGUAAUGCACAUUAUCUAUCCUGGGAAACGGAUUAUAACUGACUCGCCCGUCACUGGAAUUACAGCAUCGAUAAGAAACGUCUGUUAAAGUAACAACGAGAACUUCAGGUUAAACUUUGUGCCUCAAUGACUGUUUAAUGUAUUUGUGCUGUUUGUAUCAUAAUGAUUCUUUUUACUUGUUUGGAUUAAUUAUAAUUGUAAAUAAACACAUUUAUAGUCAAUUAUUCCUCUUGGACACU